AUGCUCUACCCUUCACAGGGCACCUCAACUACCCUGGAUGCGCUAUGUCGCAGUGGACGUGGCGGCUUAGCAGCAUACAUCCCGGAAAGCCCGCGGGGCUCGGUCCUCGUCACAACGCGCAACAAGCAGGUUGCGGUCCGGCUCACGAAGAACCAGUCUAUCAUCGAGCUGCGGCGGAUGAAUAAAAUCGAGGCGGAUGAAUUGCUUCGCACAACGCUAGACGGGAUCGAGCAGGAGGCGGACAACAGGCAGGGCUCGCCUCUCGCGGCUCGACUGGAGUAUCUCCCCCUCGCACUCGUCCAGGCAGCCGCAUACAUCCGGAUGAACUCAAUGAGCGUCGAUAGGUACCUCGAGCUGCUCGACAAUAGCGAAGACAGUCUGGUCGAGUUGCUGAAUAAGAACUUUGACGCCGUGGGCCGAGACCCGGACACGCCGCACGCGGUGGCGGCGACGUGGAUGCUUUCCUUCCAGAAGAUCGAGCAGCAGAGUCCACUUGCGGGCGAGGUUCUCUCGCUCUUAUGUUUCUUUGACCGGCAAGCGAUCCCUAUGGAGUUUGUCUACCACUGUCAACAGCAGCAGCAAGAUCGUGGGUAUCAAACAGCGAUCCGAGUUGAAGAGGCGGUAGGACUACUCAAGGCGUUUUCAUUCAUCACAAGCGAGACAGACCCGAAUAGGCUUGCCGUUCACCGGCUGGUGCAGUUGGUUACGCGACGGUGGCUCGUGCACAGGGGCACAGCCGCUCGAUUUGCGCAGCUGGCGCUGCGGACGGUCUCGGAUCUGUAUCCGUACGGCAGCUAUGAGACGCGCGUGCUGUGCAGUGCCUACCUCCCACAUGCCUUUGCGGUUCUUAGGUUUGUUGAAGAGGCGAAUGCGCGGUCGAAUGUCUCGAGGUCGGGGAUCGGGUCCUGGCUCGUGGAGCGAUUUACAGUGGCUACCUCACGGAUUGCCUCUCUUUCAGUCCGUCUAGCGCCUUUGAUUUCUCGGGGCUUGGAGGAGAAAUUGGCCCAAACCUGGGCGGCUAUUCCUCGUGAGUGGCGGGACGAGUCAUCCACUACUCAAUCGACUCUUUGCCACAAUGCGGCUGGGUUCUGUCUGUACCAGGGACGCUUUGGGGAUGCUGAGGCGCUCCAGCUGCAAGCCUUGAAGCUGCGGAGGGAGAUUCUCGGCGAGGAGAAUCUUUCCACGCUGGAUAGCCAGUCCAACUUAGCUUCGACGUACGCACGGCAAGGCCGAUGGGCAGAAGCUGCGGCGCUGCUUCAGCAAUUAAUUGCGGUUGAGCACCGGGUUCUGGGAGCGGAGGACCCCAGCACGCUGACGAGCAUGGACAAUCUAGCAUCCGCGUACUGGAAUCUGGGACAGUGGAGCAUGGCUGAAGACCUUAAUAUGCAGGUGGUUGCGAUUAGAAAGCGAGUCCUCGGCGAGGAGCACCUGGAAACCCUUACUAGCAUGGCUAAUCUCGCCUCGAUCUACUGGGACCAGGGGCGGUGCGGCGAGGCGGAAGCCCUCGAGGUACAAGUGAUGGAAACCAGAAGGCGGAUCCUUGGGGACGUGCACCCGUCAACUUUGACAAGCAUGGCCAAUCUCGCCUCGACUUAUUGGAGUCAGGGACGAUGCGAGGACGCAGAAGCGCUGGAAGUGCGGGUGGUGGAGGUGAGGAAAAAGGUGCUCGGUGCGGAGCAUCCAGACACGCUUACCAGCAUGGCUAAUCUAGCAACCACAUAUUCCGACCAGGAGAGGUGGAAGGAGGCCGAAGAACUGGAGGCACAGGUACUAGAAACACGGAAGAAGACACUGGGCGACCAGCACCCCUCGACUCUGACAAGCAUGGCGAAUCUCGCGUCGACGUACUGGGAGCAGGGCUGGUGGGCAGAGGCGGAGCAGCUGGAAAAGUACGUGUUCAAGACCAGAAAGCUCGUGCUGGGCGAGAUCCAUCCAGAUACUCUCACCAGUAUGGCCAACUUGUCUCAGACUUGGAGAAGCCAGGGCCGCUUUAAGGAGGCAACGGGCUUGAUGCGAGAAUGUUUCGGGCUGAGGAAACAGCUUCUCGGCGCCGACCAUGCAGAUACCCAGUCAUGCUCGGCAAGCCUAAGCGACUGGCAGGGGGAUAGCGAUGUUACGGCGCAGGAUCUGACCGACUCCUGA